AAUGGGUCAUUGAUUGAUCAGGGGCUGCAGUCUUCUUCCUCACCUGUUGCUGUGGCUGGCGCAGGCUCAGCCCUCCUGUAUAAUUUGGGAUGUCUAAUUGCUCUUUUAGGAAAUUUCAGAAGAGGAGUUCAGAGGAGAGAGCUGUUCCACACUCAGCCACUGUGUAAUUUUAUCCACGCCGCAGUCUCUCACUUCACACAGGGCUGAUACCUUUUGCCUCCCCCUUUCCUUUGUAUCAAUUGGUCGGAGUUCAGCCUAUUGUCGCCACAAGCUUCUUUUAUAUCUGCGCUCAGUCUGCGCUCAGGCUCUCAGUCAGAUCCACGGGAGGGAUUUCCAGCACAGACAGGAGCGGAUCCCACCUCCGGGGGCGGCGGUGCUGUCGGGUCGGAUGUGAGUAGAAGUACAAGGCUGGAGGUCUCCAGCGUCAGGGGCCCCGACACUUUAAUGGGACCCCGAGAGCCGGGCAGGAGUUCUCCGUUUUUUCGCCACAAUCGUCGCUCCUCGGCCAUGCCACAAUGCUGAUGAUACCUCUGCUGGUGUUGCUGAGCCUGUUGGAUCCCGUUAGCACCCGGGCGUCCUGCGCCCCGGGCCAGGCCUGCGACCCCCGGCGGCGGAGGGACGCCGGGGGCCGCGGAGGAGUUUAUGAACACCUCGGAGGAGCGCCGAGACGCAGGAAACUCUACUGCGCAACGAAAUAUCAUUUACAAAUCCAUCCAAAUGGGAAAAUAGAUGGAUCUUUGGAGGAAAACAACCCGUUUAGCAUCAUGGAAAUCACAGCAGUGGAUGUGGGCGUUGUUGCCAUAAAAGGGCUUUUCUCUGGCAGAUACCUGGCCAUGAAUGAUAAAGGACGGCUGUAUGCUUCGGACGUUUUCAACAAAGAGUGUGAGUUUGUGGAGCGGAUCCACGAGUUAGGGUACAACACUUACGCGUCCCGUCACCACUCCACCGAACAGCCGUUGCCACCAGGAGGCGGCAGCAACAGCAAGAGGCGAGCUAGCGCCAAGCGGCAGUGGUACGUUUCCAUUAACGGUAAAGGCCGGCCGAGGCGAGGCUUUAAAACCAGAAGCACUGACAAAGCCUCACUGUUUCUGCCUCGAGUUUUGGGCAACAAGGACCAUGAGAUGGUGAGGCGGCUAAGGGAGAGUCAGAGCGCACACCACCAUACGCAUCACCACGGCGGGCGACGCGAACGCCGGAGACGCCGGCAUCGCGCCAAGAAAGGAACAGGCCGACGGCUGGAAGACUGAGCAGACUUUAACAGGGGGGAAAGAAAACACUGUGGCCCCUAAGACUCAUUCAGACAUUGACCCUUUAACUCGGCACAUACUGUAGGUUGAUGAAGUGGAGGAUGCGGAACACUUUGGAACCUGCCGUCUGGAUUAGCAGAAGCCUCUGUUGAUGCACAAAGAAAAGAAAUCCAUAGACGAAGGAAGGAACGGACUCCCUGUGUAGGGGCAUAUUAACUUCAGGAGAUGUUAAUACACAUGAACAAAGUCAACCCAGCUGUUUAAUCUUCUUACUGAUGUCUGACUUCUUCAUAAUGUUACUGUCAUGUAAACACGUCUUAAUAUAGAUAAAACCAUUCGUACUAUUUUGUAAAAAAAAC